GGCGUCCCAAGGAGGUGGUGGGCGAUGGGGUGGGUAUCUAUCGCGUUUCCGGAGGGUUUCGGGUGCGCCAAAGGUGAAGUUCUGCUCGUCGGACGAGCGAGUGCAUUGGGCGCGCUGAGAUUCGAGGGAUUGAAGGAUGAGGUGAGAGUUGUUCUCAGUGCGUAAGAGCGACGCACCACCACGGGGCCAUUCAUGGGGUUUUCGGAAUCCGAAUCGGACCCCGAUUUGUUUUGCGAGGGGCAGGACAUGGGAAUUGGAACCCGCGAGACGGACACUUACUUACGGAGCUGACUUGGGAGUAAUGGGUCGUUCGACUGGAUGACGAGGUCGAGAAAACAGGUGUUUUUCCUUCUUCGAUGGAAUAGAGAAAGUACGUGUCGUCGUGGGAUCGUCGUCGUGAGAUCGUCGUCGUCAAUUAACAGAGAUUGGAGUCCUCGGCGGGUUGCAAGAAAGCUGCCUAUGUCGGUCUUGAACGUGAUACCGUUGGAGUCGCAAAAGGAGAAAAAUCAAAGCAAGAGAUGUCUAAAACUGCCAAAAACGAGAGGGCAUGAUCGGGCAAUUUUAAUACAAGCCAUUGUCUAUUCCUGUCCAUCCAUGUCGCACAACCAUCACCAUCAUCACCAGCUCCUCCCCGGGUCAUCACCAGACAAUGCCCCCUUUUGCCGGCAGCAUCGGAGCAUUCGGCACGACCACGUCCCCACGAGCGCCGCCGGCUCCGUCAGGGAAAGGCAACUGCCCCCAAAAAGAGGCCGCAAGGCUGAGGGUUUACAGCAUGUCCUGGGCGUUGCUGAUGCCCGGUCCGCAUUCCCUCCGCCGGCGGACGGGGGAUAUGCGAAUGCCUGCUGAAUGCUGACUUGGGGUUGAUGCUGAUUAGCUUCGGCUUCAGAGCAGUAGCCUGUGGCGUGUGCAUAGCAGGCGGGGCGUGGUGCCACCGACGUACGUGCGUGAGCCGCUCCGGGGUGUUGAGGCCAGUCGGGAUCGGAGCGGGGCCUUUCUCACCAUCUGUUCACUGUUGUUUCUUGUUGCUGUCCCGGACAGGCCUCGGUGACGUCGCCUUCUCACUCAUCUGCUUCCACUGAACCGAGACACCGAGUGCAGC